GAAAAAAGUACUUAUACAGUCGUAUUAAAUAUAAUAGUUAGCCAAAGCACAAGUAGUUAAAGGAAACAUCUAGCAGAGUAAUAGGAUUAAAAAUACAGAAAGAAAGCAAUGACAAGUUCUCCUCCCCAGCUGAAGAAAAAAAGGUUAACCGGUUAAUAAAUAACUAGUUAACUAACUACCGCUGAACUGUUCCAUCACCGCCAUCACCGCCAUCUGCCAUCGCUCGCAGUCGCGUUUCACAGUCACAUUCAACUCGCACUCUUCCGCCUCCUCUCCCUCCCCCAAAACUCCCCCACCACCUUUCUCUUCCCUUCUCUUCUUAUAGUAGCCUUUGCCUCUACCCUUCAGCUAUCUAUCUUCCUAUUCCGCUCCCAGUAAUAACCUUCUACGUGCCCAUCUCUCUCCGUCUGCUGCCUCCCGCAUUUUCCCCAUCUACCCAAGCCUCUUAGUAGCGCCGUCUCGACCGAUUGUCCUCCACCUCUCAAAGCUAUUGUUGUUGCUCCCACUCCGGCGCGUUUUUCGAGUAUAUCCUCCGAGAUGGAUCCAACACAAUCAGGCGGAGGCCAGCAUGGUCGCGCAGAGCCGGAAUAUAACAUCAGGAACGGGGGCCAUUACGGAGCCAGCGCUGCGCUCUCAGCUCAAGGAUAUGCGCCAGUACCCGAACUCUACACAGGAUCAUGGGCCAACGUGAGCCAAGGCCUCCAGGGCAAUUCGCGCGAUAUCCUCACCACCUACUGGCAGCAUACGAUCAACCAUCUCGAAUCCGACAACCAUGACUACAAAAUUCACCAAUUGCCCCUGGCCCGGAUAAAGAAAGUGAUGAAAGCGGACCCAGAAGUGAAGAUGAUCUCAGCCGAAGCCCCAAUCCUAUUCGCCAAGGGCUGCGACAUCUUCAUAACGGAACUGACUAUGCGCGCCUGGAUACAUGCCGAGGACAACAAACGGCGAACCCUCCAACGUUCAGACAUUGCCGCCGCCCUCUCCAAAUCAGACAUGUUCGAUUUCCUCAUUGACAUCGUCCCGCGCGAGGAGGCUACACCCCACAAACGGUCCGCCCAGACAGCUCCCCCGGCGGCCACCGCCCCUCCGCCGCACAACGCGCCCGGCCAACUCCCCCCACAAUCUCAGCCAGGCGUCCAGCACCCGCAGCACCAUAUGGGCCCUCCGGAUUAUGGCUCCCUUGGGCAGCAUACCAUGGGCCAGGAGCAGGAUUACCGCCAGCAGCAGAUGUAUGGAGGAGCCGUCCAAUCGGACCCGGGAUAUGGUCAGCCGCAGCCGCAGAUGUUUGAGAAUAUGUAUGCGCCGUACCCGCAUAUUCCUCCACAACAGUGAGAGUUCAAUAAAUGGUACUAGCGUUUUUGUUUUGAAAUAAUGGUAAUGGCAGCGAGAGCUGCUGGAAUUAAUAUCAAAAAAUAUCAGUAAAAUGAAAUGAAACAAAAAUAUCUAAUACAAAAAUUAAAAAAUUAAAAAAAAAAUAAAAAAAUCAAAAUCAAAAACACCACUGCUGACAUGAAGGCGUAACGACAACUGAGCCCAUUCCCUCCAUAUAUGGCAGAUGACAAUAGGGAUUAGGAGUUUUCUUCAAGGUUCUUUACUUUUUUCUCUUUCUUGCUGAAGCACGGGUAGGGAAGGAAGGAACGGGUAUUUUUGGAAAGGGAGGGAACGCAAAGGGUAUAAUGGAGUUGGUUUCAUUUGUUUUUGUUGGGUUUAUUUCAUAUACAUAUCCAUAGCUAUAUAAAAUGAAUGACCUUGCUCGCUUUUCUUUUGUUUAGUUUGUGUGAUUUGUCCGUGUGCAACUUGUUCCUGUUCCUGUACACGUAUACACUGCCCGUCUUGAAUAGUUUCGGG